AUGGGGAUAGUGGAAGAAGCACACAACGUGAAAGUGUUGGGAACAGGAAAUAGGUUUAUUGUUCUAGCUCAUGGUUUUGGUACAGACCAAUCUGUGUGGAAACACUUUGUACCCCAUCUCGUCGAUGAUUUUCGUGUUGUUCUUUACGAUAACAUGGGUGCUGGUACUACAAACCCUGAGUACUUUGACUCCGAGCGUCAUUCAAGCUUAGAAGGUUACGCUUAUGAUUUACUGUCAAUUCUAGAAGAGCUUCGGGUGGAAUCUUGCAUAUUUGUGGGUCACUCGGUUUCAGCAAUGAUUGGUGCUAUAGCUUCUAUUUCUCGACCUGAUCUCUUUCUUAAACUCAUCAUGGUUUCUGGUUCACCGAGAUACUUGAACGAUGUGAAUUACUUUGGAGGGUUUGAGCAAGAAGAUCUGAACCAGUUAUUCACUGCUAUGUCAGAAAAUUACAAAGCGUGGUGUUACGGGUUUGCGCCUUUGGCUGUAGGGGGAGACAUGGAUUCUGUGGCGGUACAGGAGUUUAGUCGGACGUUGUUUAAUAUGAGGCCGGACAUAGCUUUGAUAGUGUCGAGGACGAUUUUUCAGAGUGAUAUGAGACAGAUUUUGAAGCUUGUUACGGUUCCUUGUCAUAUUAUACAGGCGGAGAAAGAUAUGGCGGUUCCGGUGAUGGUUUCGGAGUAUCUUCAUCAACAGUUGGGUGGCGAGUCGAUUGUUGAGGUUAUGGGGACGGAUGGUCAUUUGCCGCAGUUAAGCUCGCCGGAUGUUGUUAUUCCGGUGUUGCUUAAACAUAUUCAACUUAAUAUUGAGCCAGUAAGCUGUCAGAGAAACUAUCACACUUUCCAAAAUCAGGAGACUUCUUCAACAAACACAGAGGCUUCCUCGUUGAUGAAACUUGAGGCAGAUUUGUAA